UAUCAUAGCGACAGAAUUGAAGUUUGUCAUCUCCUCAAGGAAAACUGUGAUCACAGUUCGCGUAGUCGGCCAGUAUCAGCAUCUGCGAGUGUUACGUCACCAUGGCAACCGUGCCACAAACCCCACAAGAACAAGCAUUGCGUCUGAAACCUAAAUUAUCAUUACUUCGUUUGAAAUCCUACAGCACCGACCCAGAUGGCAAUUCUCCAUCAUGUUCAACGCCCAGGAGCAAUGUAUCAUGGGCAGACAAUUGCCACGAUGUCCUGCAAGCCGACACUCAACAGCAUGAUAAAAUGGCUCACUACGGUCUCCCAGCUCCCUGCAUCUUCAAGUUGAUGCAAGUGGUAUUAGCCUGUACAGUAAUGGGUCUCUACAUAAAUGCCCCGAUAACAACCACAAGCAGCAAACUAAUUCUGUUUCUCAACCCCGCAGUUAUUGGUGGCUACAUCAUUAUCAUUGCAGGGCUUAUCAUGGGUCUUAUUAUCAAUGAGCAGGUUCCUAGAAAAAUGGACAUGUUAUACAUGACAGGAGGGUUCAUUCUGUUCAUUGCUGCUGGGAGCAUGCAGAUUUAUUUCCAUGGAACAAGGUCCUUGUCUCAUACGAAAGAUAAAGAUAUACAAAAGUCAGUGGAAUUCAUAACUGCUGCUUUUACCAUUAUCACUGCUUUUGUAUUCCUGCUUGACACUGUCUUUACUUAUAUUGAUGAUUAUAGAUAUGAAACACCACACCACCACCAGCACCAUCACUGUUCUGCAAUUUAGUGCUGCAUAUCAGUUAUCACUGUUACAAAUGGUAAAGAAACAAUGAAGAAUGCAAUAUAUGGCGGGGAAAUGAGAGAACGCAGCAAUCUGCAAGAGGAGCCAUGCAACCCCAAACUUUAGCAGUAGCCACUAGCACUACACCAACACCAACACCAACACCAACAUCAUAUUACUUAAUAACUCCUGGAAACAACUGAAGACUCAGUGUGAUGUCAUGAAGGUAGCACAAUUUUCAUUUCAACACAAACAAUACUGUUCAAGCAAACCUGCAUUUUUAUAUAGUUUUAUUUAAUCAGUAUAAUGGGAUGAAGUUAUAUAAAUGCUUAGCAGAUGCCAGUC